AUAACCUAAAAUAUCCCGAAAAUAUUAUCAUAAAAUGAGCUCAUAAGUUGCAAUAAAUACACACAUAUCUUGUUAUCAUAUUCUGAACUUCAUAUAACAUACAACUUGCAAUAUCAACUUGAUCAUCAUGUGUGUAUAUAUUAUGUCCUUAUUUUGUUGCAUUUUAUGGAUGUCAUAACAUGAUUGCGUUCUGAGUAGCAUAUGAGCCCGCAUCUGUGUCUAUUCUUGUCAUCAUGUUUGCGAGAUACAUGAGUGCAAUAUGAGCUCAUUAUGCAUAUUUUUGUCUAUCUGGGUUAUUAUACAGUUCGAAAGUAGUGAUUUAUUCAUACAUCUCAGUUACAAGUUUUCUUAAAGAACUAGUCGGAUUUUUAACUAGCCGUUUCGUGCCGUUUGUCGUCGAGAAAACUACUCGGAGAACUUUCAGUUUUAUCAGAAGUGGGAUAACGGGUUCAUUUGACCCGCGUCGUGUCGGAAAAAGUCGAGUCGGAAAAACUUUGUCGUAUCGUGCCGAAAGGAUAACGAGCUCAUUUGACCCGCGUCGUGUCGGAAAAAAAAAAUAAAGUCGGAGAAACUUUGUCGUGUCGUGCCGAAAGGAGUACGGGCUCAUAAAAACCCGCGUCGUGUCGAAAAGAAGAGUCGAAAAAACGUUGUCGUGUUGUGUCGAGAUUUAAAAACGGGCUUCACAAGUCCGCAUCGAAUCGGUAAAAAACUUUGUCGUGUCGAGUGAGUGACGAAAAGGAGCAUGCCGAAGACAAGGUCAAAAAUGGAGCAAGCCGAUCUGGAGAAGGCCACAUUGGAGCAGCUCCAAAAUUACGCGAAGCACAACCAGCUUCCGCUGUCGGAGGACCGAGAGGUACUCAUUAAAUUGAUUUUGGCUCAUCUGGAGAAAUCCAGGAGCGCGGAUACACCGGCCGAACCGCACGGUGCGUUCGGAGAAGGGACGGUGCCGUCGGCCGCCACGCGGUCAACAGUUGCAGAACCGCUGACUGGGUGCUCCGGCAAACAAUAACGGAGAUAACGACGUCGAUAAUGCAGCAACAGCAGAAUAUGCUACGUCAGCAGCAGGAGCUGCAGCAGCAACAAUAGCAAUUUAUGUUGCAAAUGAUGCAACAAAUGCAGGCAGCGAGACCCGCUGCACCUGUAAGUCGAGCCGAGGAGCCAGCGGCUCCAAUAAACAAUUUGGAAAGUUCAAACAGGACGAAUUCUGCGGGGUCGUCCUUGAAUUCCGCGCAUGCUCAACCGAUGCAAUUGGUGAGUAUCGGGAGCGGGCUGCCAGCAGGAAACGCAAUUUCCUGGCUUGCCUCGCAAAUCCCGGAGUUCGGAGGAUCCGAAGAAGAGUGUGUGUCGGUGCGGGUGCGUCGGGUAGACAGGGUGGCGCAAAUACACAGUGCAACGGACGGUGUGACCUUGCUUGCCGCGUCGAGCAAAUUGGUCAAGUUCGCGCGCCAAUGGUACGACAUACAGUCGGGACCGGAAAUCGAGUCGUGGCAAGGCCUGCGCCUUGAACUAUUGAAAAUUUUCGAACGAAAAGUGCCGUUUUAUAAAGCGAUACAGCGGGUCGAGGCGCGUAAAUGGAACGCGCAAAAAGAAACUUUCGAUCAGUAUACGAUCGUUAAACUUGCGCUAAUUAAUAAAUUGAACUUGCCGGUAAAAGACGCGAUCCAUCAAAUAAUUGGUGGCAUCACGCAAAGCUCAAUGAGAGCUACCGCGCUGUCGGUUGCAGACGAAUCGUUGGACAGUUUUCUCGCGAAAAUGAGAAUGAUUACGGAAGGCAGUACCGAGUGCGAGAAGAAAACAGUGUCGAAUGUGCCGGUAAAAAGUAAAGACAGUGCGUGCCAAAAUUGUGGUCGAAAGGGCCACUCACACUUGCAAUGCAGAAGUGACGUCGUUUGCUUCUACUGCAAGGUGAAGGGCCAUCGCCAGUUCGAUUGUCCCGCGCUGAAGGGUCGAGCGGGCGGGAAAUCGACGUUGCCGAACCAGUCGUCGGCGGCGCGGACCGUAGCAGCUGUUGCAGAGGCCGCCUCAUCCGAAGUUGAUGCUGAUUCCGUCGUCGCUGCGGUCAUGGAGGCAGGGGGCGCCAGGAGAGGACUCAGCAAGCCGUUUGCGAUUGUUACAAGUAUCUGUAAACAAUUAAGCGAAUUACGAGCGUUAGUAGAUUCCGGUAGCCCGGUUUCAUUUAUACGAGAAGAAAUAUAUAAAGUCUUUGUUGAGCCGUUCCCGCAUAAAUUAAUACCGUCGGAUAAACGGUUUUAUAAUUUUAGUGGCGCACCGUUAACGAUAAUCGGAGUCGUGCCGGUCGAAUUAACUAUAAAAGAAUUAAACGAACUAUCACUAAGGGUAGAUUUAUUUGUUAUAAAAGAAACAUUCGAGUGCGAUUUAAUUUUAGGAAGAGAUUUUAUUAGCUUACAUAAAAUUUCCUUAUCCUAUGAUCUUGCCGAGUCGGAGGAUAAACAAAUCAACUACAAAGUUAACUUGUUUCAACAGUUACCGCUUUGCGCUGUCGAGAACCCGCCGGAAAGCUUAGAACAAAUUGUAGACGAUAAUAAAAUCGAUUUUGACGCGAACGUUAAAAAACAAUUGAAAGAAAUCAUUUUAAAAAUUGAAAAUGAUAAUGUCGUGCCGAUUGAGGACGAUUACAAGGUGCAAGUACACCUGAGAGAUUCUUCGAUAUUCGCGUACUCACCGAGACGAUUCGCAUAUGCGGAACGCAUCAAGAUCCGCGAGAUCACGGACGACUUGAUGCGCAGAGGAAUCAUACAGCCAAGUAUCUCGCCCUAUUGCGCACGCGUGAUACCUGUUAGGAAGAAAGACGGACAAAUUAGACUAUGCGUAGAUCUCAGACCGUUAAAUAGCCGGAUAAUUAAACAGAAAUAUCCGUUUCCGGUAAUAGAAGAUUGUCUUUCGCGAUUGUCGGAUAAAGCAGUUUUUUCUUUAUUGGACCUCAAAGACGGGUUCCACCAGAUUAAAGUUCACGAAAAUUUGAUGCAGUAUUUUUCUUUCGUGACCCCCGACGGACAGUAUGAAUACACACGCUUACCGUUUGGAUACUCGGAAGCGCCGGCAGAGUUUCAGAAACGGGUAAUCCAAAUCUUGAACCCGUUGAUACGCGCCGGGAAAGUAUUGGUGUAUAUCGAUGACAUACUGGUCCCGACGGCAACUGUCAAGGAAAAUUUAACAUUAUUAGAAGAGGUUUUGAGCAUUUUUAAGUCGUACAAUUUCAAAUUAAAUUAUAGAAAAUGUCGAUUCCUGAAAAAGGAAAUAGAAUUUCUCGGAUAUAUGUUAUCGAGUAGCAGUAUUACGUUAAGUCCUAGACACGUAGAGUCGGUUAGAAAUUAUAAACCACCUGCCAAUGCACACGAGGUGCAACGGUUUUUAGGUUUAGCCAGUUACUUUCGUAAAUUCAUUAAAGACUUCGCAAUCAAAGCGAAACCGAUACAAGAUCUUUUGAAAAAAGAUACGGAAUUUAGAUUCGAUAGUCGAUGUAUUGAGGCAUUUGAGUUAUUGAAGAAAGAGCUCACCUCAGCCCUGGUGUUAGCGUUGUACGAUCCGGCUGCAGAAACGGAGCUGCAUACAGAUGCGAGCAGCUUAGGCCUCGGUGCGAUCCUACUGCAACGGCAGAAGCACGGAUCUUGGUGCCUCGUGGCUUACUUCAGUAAGACCACUAACGUGGCGGAGCAGCGCUAUCACAGCUUCGAGCUAGAGAUGUUAGCCAUUGUUAGAGCAGUGGAGAGAUUUAAUUUAUAUUUAUAUGGAUUGCAAUUCACAAUAGUGACGGAUUGCAGCGCGUUAGUGUAUGCCGUUAAUAAGGCAAAUCUUAACCCACGUAUAGCAAGAUGGACACUUACCCUUCAGAAUUAUUAUUUUCGAAUGGUCCAUCGGCCAGGAAAGAAAAUGGCACACGUGGAUGCCUUGAGUCGUUGCGUCGGAUUUGUAAAUAAGCGACCAAUCGAACGCGAGUUAGAGUUGAGGCAGCUCACAGAUCCUAGAAUUAAAGAAAUUAGCGAUAACUUGGAGAUUAGAGACAGCGAAAAAUUUAUUAUGUUUAACGGAUUAGUAUAUAAGAAAGCAGAAAAUAAUAAUUUAAUGCCUCGUGGGACCAAAUUAAAUCAAAGUGAAGUCGACCGAAUCAUGCUCUUGCACUCAGAAAACUAUAACAUCACGAAAAUUGCGAAAUUAUUGAACAGAAGUUGGUGUGUUAUUUAUAAUGUCCUUAAAGAUCCAGAAACCUAUGGGAAAACUAAGAGGAGUGGAAGACCCCGUGCUGUAUCUGAACGCGAAAAGCGUAAAAUUUUGCAAAUUGCUUCUAAUUUCAAGGGAACUGCAAGGCAAAUCGCCGCAGAAGCUGAUGUCCACACAAAUUUGAGAAACGUGCGUCGUAUUCUACAGAAGAGCAAGCACCUGAAACGCAAGAAGUUGAAACAACGGCCUCCUUUAACCGAACAGCACAAAGUAGGAAGAUUGGAGUUCGGUCGUCAACAUGUUCACUGGAUGAAGAAUUGGAAAAAAGUCAUCUUCAGUGAUGAAAAAAAGUUUAAUUUGGACGGGCUUGAUGGGUGGAACUUUUAUUUCCAUAAUUUGCGGAAAAAUGAAGAAUAUUUAAGUCGUCGCCAAAUGGGCGGCGGAAGUGUUAUGGUUUGGGACGGUAUUGGUUACCACGCAAAAACACAAAUAAAUUUCAUACCAGGCCGUAUGAAUAGCGAAAAAUAUAUUAAAUUGAUAGACGAACAAUUAAAUAAGUAUGCAGGUCAUAUUGCAAACCAAGAUUAUAUUUUUCAGCAAGACAAUGCUGCUAUUCAUACCGCAAAAGCUGUUCAGAGAUUUUUUAUUUCAAAGAAAAUUCAAAUUUUAAAAUGACCUGCCCGUUCACCCGACCUGAACAUCAUAGAAAAUAUUUGGGGAGAUUUAUCCAGAAGUGUUUAUGCAGGUGGCAAGCAGUUCAACAAUAUUAAUAAACUGAAAAAAAGUAUUGUUCAUAAUUGGAACGCGCUACCACAAAAACGUAUUAAAAAAUUGUAUAAGACACUGCGGAAUCGGUUGUUAGAUGUGAUACAAUUGAAAGGAGGUUUCACCAAAUAUUAAUAUAAUAGAAUUUGCCAUUUAGAGAGAAAUUUUCACAGCAGAAAUGCUAAUCAUGAAUUGAUGUCUUAUAAUUUUGUCCAACCAUAAGUCGCCUAUGUUCACGUUUUUUUUCCUCACUUUUAUAUUAUAUUGUCGGCGAAGUUGAAAUUUUGUUUACUCAUCCAAGAGAUGACAAGUAAUAAAAAUAGCAUAUGAAAUGUACAGUUUCUUGUUUUGAAUAUAUGAUAUAUAGAUAUAUACCAAGUGUCUUAUAAUUUUGUCCAGCAGUGUAAUUAGGGCCCAUCAUGAUGAUAUGGCUCAUUGCGGUCUAACUAAAACAUUCGAGGGCGUUAAUCAAAAUUAUUGGUUUCCGUCAAUGCGUAAAAAGAUUAACGAGUA